GAAUUGAAAGUUUUGUCAAUUGAAAUCGAGAUUCGAGGCUGAAGUAGUGAGGUGUGGUGUGUGCGACGGUGGCGUUGUUUUAUAAUGGCGAGCUUUAUUAUUGAAUAUUUUACUCUUUUAAUCUUCUUUUUAUCACUUGGCAACUGUCAGCGAACUCCGACAAUUUCGCACAUCACUCAAGAACAGAUACGAGAUAUCGGCGGUCAAGUUGAUCUGGACUGUUCCGUCCAUUAUGCACAGGACUAUCCAGUGCUCUGGCUCAAAUAUGAUCGUCAUAAGUCAACGGAGUCACUUCCUCUGUCAACGAAUUCCGGUCUAAUUAUUCGUGAUUCAAGAUUUUCAUUGCGUUUUGAUGCUGCAUCCGCUACAUAUACAUUAUCUAUAAAAGACAUCCAGGAGACCGAUGCGGGCUGGUAUCUCUGUCAAGUUAUAAUGUCAGUAAGCAACAAGAUAACCGCAGAGGUUGAGUUGCAAGUUCGAAGACCUCCAAUUAUAUCUGAUAAUUCAACGAGAUCCAUUGUGACCAGCCAGGGAGAAAGUGCCCAAAUGGAAUGUUACGCCGGUGGAUUCCCGCCUCCGAAGAUAUCGUGGCGUCGUGAGAACAACGCCAUUUUACCAACUGGUGGCUCCAUCUACCGUGGCAAUAUAUUGAAAAUGAACUCAGUACACAAGGAAGACCGUGGAACGUACUACUGUGUGGCUGAAAAUGGAGUAGGCAGAGGUGCAAGAAGAAAUAUUAACUUGGAAGUUGAAUUUGCACCUGUCGUCACCGUACCCCGACCUCGAUUAGGACAGGCUCUCCAAUAUGACAUGGAUUUAGAGUGUCACGUUGAAGCGUACCCGCCACCAGCUAUCACUUGGCUCAAAAACGAGGUGCAGCUCUCCAACAACCAACAUUACAGGAUCUCUCACUUUGCGACAGCAGACGAAUUCACAGACACGACACUCCGUGUGAUUACAAUCGAGAAACGUCAAUACGGUCUGUUCACAUGCAAGGCACAGAAUAAACUGGGAACCGCACAGGGAACUGUGGAACUGUUUGAAAUGAUAAUCCCCGUGUGCCCGCCCGCGUGCGGCCAGACGCGCUACGCCGGCGCCGCCCCCGCGCCCGCGCCGCGCCGCCUCCCCGCGCUCGCCCUCGCCGCCGCGCUCGCCAGAAUCUUCAGUACCAGAUAUUAACUACCCCGGCCUGAGACUGGACCCGGAGAUCUACGGCAGUACCGCGUCCCGGGCGCGCGUGUCAACAAUAAUGACUAUAUUAGCAAUAAUUACAUAUCUUCAGAAGUAUUUACAACAAUAAAUUAAUGUGAUGAAUUCGAUCGAAAACGUUUUAG